UCCUCGUUCACUUCAUACUAGGCGAAGCUUGGAAGAAAGCUUUGCAGCAUAUAACCACUUCAUUUCUUCCUCACUUUCCCAUACUUGCCACGAUGUCUUCUUUCCCUUACACGGCGCGGUCCAUCAAGAAAUACCGCUCCCCACACGCCCAGGACCUCUCCUUUCCCAAAGGAGCAGUCAUCAGGGUCCUCUCUCUAGCACCAAAGGCUGAAGUGGACGAGGAUGAUGACGAUGAGGAUGAAGACCAAUGGCUGAUAGGAGAACUCGCAGAUGGCAGCGCCAAGGGCUCCUUCCCUGGGACAUGCGUUGUGGCAGCGCCUGAAGAGGACGCCGCUGCGUCUCAGAGCGUCGCAGCUACCUCCAUCUCCAAUGAGAGUGCUGAGCCGGCAGCCGUAGAGGCGAGCGAUUCUACAGCAGAGCCUUCAAUAGCUCAAGCUCAGACUGCAGAAGCUCCUUCUAUACAAGAAGCUGCUACCACUGCAGGCGAAGAGCUUUCGGUACAGGACGUACCUACAUCAGCCGCUCCACAGUCUGCGACAAUUGAUGCUGCACAACCCGAUUCAGAGACAUUGGGGCUGAAGGAGCCAACUCAUACUCCCGCACCGCUAUCUCUCGACACGAACGCGGCUGUAGCCGGGCCUACUUCCCCUACCCCAGCGACAGUGACCACCUCAGCAGCAUCUACACCUAAAGCAGCACCUUCAGCGCCAACAAGCCCGGCCAAAGCUGGCCCUCCUCCACCAAAGCCGAAACCAUCAGGCCUCGCCGCAAGGAUCGCCGCGUUCAAUCAGCCAGCAGCAGGAACAGCAGCACCGCCUCCCCUCCCAAGAGGUGGUAAGCCGCCCGGUAGCUCGACUGGAGGAUGGAAGCGCCCGCAACCGAAAGAGGGAGAGAAGCCUGUCCUCCCUGGAGCUCCUCCUGCUGUUUCUGCCAAGCCCGUCAACGCUUCUAUCUCAAGGUCAACGCCUGAUACCAGCCACGAAACUGCUCAAGCCACAACAGCCGAAGGCAGUGAAACUGCUGUGGAAGAAGGGAAGAAUCAGGGGACCGGUUUCUCAGCAGCAGAUGCGGCCUCAUCGAUCAAGCUCUCCCUAAAAGAGAGGAUGGCCGCUCUACAGCGUGGAGGGGAAGGUGAAGCAACUGGAGCGUCACCCUCCAGUCCCUCUUCUGCGAAGAGUCCCCCGCCUCUUGCUGCAAAACCCGGAAGACUGACAGCAGAUCGAAGAGCGGCAGCCAUGGUCGGCAUGGGAGUUGGCGGGGUAGCUGCCAAGAGUUCUGAGAGCCUUCUCAGCCCCACGGGAGACAAUGCGCCUGCUGAUGGGCAGACAGCUGCUUCUGCCGAGCCGUUGAGAGAAGCUAUGGAUACCGAAGGAGCUGAACAGGCUCCGAACCUCGAGAGCGAAGAUGGAGCGCCGAAGGAGCAGCCCACCAUAGCUAUCCAGAGCGAAGAAGACGGAGGAGACGCUCCGAGUGAGAUCUCUCCUGAAGAAGAGGAGGCACAACGUCGUGCUGCCAUUGCUCAACGACUGGCCCGGCUUGGUGGACAGCGAGUUGGAGGGCAGGGUCCCCCGAUGUUCGGUGCUCCUAGGCCUCCGCCAGCAAAGAAGACCAGUACGAGUAGCACGGACAGCACCCCUGUCCCUGCUGCUCCUGUAGACCCGCAACCGACUACUCUCGAAGCAGAACCCACUACCACUGAGCAGGAGGAAGAGAAGCCAAAGACGCUGGAUGUGCCGCGCAGAGCUGCCCCACCUAGGAAGAAGAGAAGUGCAGCCUCUCCUCUACCAAGCGAGGCGGAGUCUAAUGUGCUUUCCCCGACCUCGACCGAUCUAAGCCCAAGUACUACGACCAAUCUCACUGGCGCCGACGACGCCUCCAUCGUAGCCAGGGCUGGGUCACCAGAGCCGAUCGUACCCAGCGAAGAGGAGGCUCUAGCUUCAAAAGACGUUGCGAUGGAAGAGCCGCUUGCUUCUUCCUCCGCCACGCUUCCCUCCGCACCAGGGGCCUCGACACCUCCCCCGCCUGGACUACCCGAUGAGGACCCCUCCGAAGGCCCUGACCUGGUAUCGGGACCCCCGCCUCCUGAACAAGUCGCAGAUCCUGGAAGCACUGCUGAGCACAUCAAAAGUGUAGAGAGGACCGCACCCAUUGAGGAGGCCGGCAUACAAGCCGAGCGAGAGGAGGAAGAGAAGCAGACAGCGCCGGUCGUCCAGGAGGACGAUAUGGAAGAUGUAGCUCUCAAGCUACAGGCUGCCCGUCUCGAAGCCUUUCUCGCUGGAUCACAAGACAGUGCUUCGAAGCGAUAUGGAGAUUCGCUAGAUGUUGACGAGGAUGAUGAGAGUUCGGCCAUUCCUUCACCGCUCGCGCGUCAGUUGGGUCUGGCUCCAACGCAAGAAAGCGAGGGAGGAGCUGGCCAAGGCAGUGGAGCCUUUGGCGACGAACCCUCAGCGAUUGAGGCUGAUCAACGUCGGAUGGGAGAAGAGCUCAAUGAAGCUCGAGGUGCCACUCCGGCUCCUGUUGAGACCGAAGAUGGCGGACUCACUUCGGUGCCUUCGCGUCCAGGCUCGACUCGCCCUCCCAUCCCGCUUGGAAAUAGGCCUGGUAGUCGUGCUUCGAUAGGUCCGCCGGCACGCCAUGCGCCCACUCCCCCCGUGCCCACCUCUGCUCUGGAGGAAAGGAGAUCAUCUAUCAUCAGCGUAGGUCGGCCGCCUAUUCCGCGCAGUCCACCACCAAGAGCUCCGAGCACUUCGAUUGAGGAAACGCUGAUGGGCGAUCGCAGCUCGCGGAAGAAUGAAGAAGACGAUGCAAAGGACGCGGCGGGCGCUGCUCCCCCUGCUGCUGGACCUGCGCUUGCUGUGCCACUCCCUCGAAGAGCUAUGCCGGUAGAUGAAGAGGAAGAAGAGCAGGAUAUGGAAGACGGCCCGAGUGAUGUACGGUCAGACGAAUCUGCUGCUCUGCCAGCGGCCUCAGCGGAGAGCGAAGAUCAGCCAGCACAGGAUGUAGAGUCCGAGGAGUCUUCCGUUCUGUCACCCGAGCAAGAGGAAGCCGCCCGUCGAGCCGCCAUCGCCAAGCGUAUGGCUGCUCUGGGCGGACACAGGAUGGGGGCUUUGCCGCCUAUUAUGGGAGCUCCGAUGCCUGCGAGGAGAAAAGCUACUGAGCCUGUGCCCGAGCCUCAGCCGGCGGAAGAAGAAGAAGCAGCAACGGCGCCAGUACCAGCUCGCAGAGCUGGCCCACCUCGGGGCGGUAUGGCCAUUCCGGGCAUGACUAGACCUAUAGAGCCAGCAGAGGCUGAGUCAGACGGGGCUGCAACUAGAGAAGUCGAGGAUGAACAGCAAGAGGACCUCGAUGUCGAUGCUGACAAUUCGAUGACAGUCGAUGAAGCAACGUUACCACGUGUCAGCAGCCCUCCUCCCAUGCCGGCCAGCCCUCCCCCUGUGCCUUCUGGAGUCAACCGUGCUUCGUUCAUCCAAGGCCACAAACCAAUGUCUCCACCCCCGCCCCCUCCUGGAGGAGCUGGCCGUGGCUCGAUUGACGAGGGACUCGCUAGACGAGGCUCUACCAACCGCCCUCCCAUUCCAGGCGCAGCUCCCCCACCACCGCCUCCCAAAGCUGUCAGUCGCGGAGAGUCACAAUAUGACCAGCAGCCAUCCAUCGAGUCGUCGUUGGCGAGCUACGAGGACUACGAUCAACAGCAAGAAGACGAUGAAUACGAUGAUGAGGAGGCGUACGCUCAACAGUCCAGCCCACCCGCACUACCUUCAAGCCCACCACCAAGAGCCCCUUCGGCGGCUCCUCUCUCAUCUCCUCCUCCUCCUCCGACUUCGAGUGCUGCUGCUUACGAACCACAAAUGGCUAGAUCAGGCAGCAUCUCGACUCAAGGCGCGCCGGCUCGAGCUCCUCCUGGCACCCGUACGUCAGUAAGCGGACCUGUGGGCGGCAAGUCCUCUGCUCGCGAUCUAGACCUCGCACCUCACACCCGCUGGUGGAGAGGUAGCGGCGAGCUAGACCCCAUGCGCCUGCCUCCGAGCAUCUCCAGUCGCCCUGACGCGAUCUACUUUGUCGAAAAUGCGCAAGCAGCGCAAGCUGGAGAGCAUCAUGCGGUGGUCAGGGUGCUGUUCGAAGACUUUUCGGUGACGCUCGUGAAUGUCGUAUGGUUCGACGAGGACGAGGAUGAGACGGAGACGCGCUUGGAGCAGGAGCAUUCCUUCCCUCCCAAGAAGCCCCAGGUGGACGAGAUGAAAGCUUGGAGCAGUACACUUGGUGUGGAUCUCGCGCAGCGGGCGCUUAUGCUCCUGCAAUCAGGGGGCGGAGGCAAAGGUGCCCCAUCUUCGCCGUAUCCGCACUCUCUCGCGCUCGUCUCUCACCUGAUUCGAUCAUCGCGCUCGCCCUGCCUACCCCCCGUGGGCUUCGCAUUCGGCCCUACUGUUCUUUCACAAGUGGGACAGACCGUGUUGGACAAGGCCGCAGGCGACGAAGCUCCCCGCGCCGGAGACGUGCUCCUCCUGCAGGGUCCAGCAGACUUCAAGGGCAAGAAAGGCCUAGGUAGCUCCUAUCACGUAGCGUAUGGAGGAGCACAGCAGCCCCUCUUUGCCAUUGUCGUCGAGGUGGAGAAGGGCAAGAAGGGAGGGCUGAAGAUCAGGGCCGUCACGCAGCAGACUGCGAGUGUGGAGGAGGUGACGCUCAAGUUGGAGGAUCUCAAGAGCGGAGUGCUCAAGGUCAUGCGCGUUACCAGAAGGGGCGAGUGGGUCCACGAUUGGUGAAGGGGGCGUGCCACGGAAAGUGUUUGUGUGUAUAUACUUGGACGAAUAAAAAGAGGCUUGCUUCUUUACUGGCUUGAGGUAUGCAAGAUGUGUAGUGGUAUCAUGACCAGGGCCUGGAUGGUC